AUGAAAGAAGUUACUAAUGAGUUGAAAUUAUUACAUAAAGUCGAUUACCAUCAAAAUAUUAUUCGUUUUUAUGGUGUCACUAAGAUUAAAGAUAAAGACAAAGAGGAAUAUUUAUUGGUCCUUGAGUAUGCAGAUAGUGGAACACUAAGAAGCUACCUACAAAAAAAGGAUGAAUCAAUCAGUUGGGAUCUAAAGCUGAUAUUUGCAUCUGAGAUUGCAUCAGCUGUUUCAUAUUUUGGACUUUCCCAUAAAAUACGUGAAUCUACAACCACUUCAACAUUCCAAGUAGUAGGAAUAGUACCUUAUAUUGACCCACAAUGUUUCAAGAUUAACAAUAAUAAAGUAUAUAAACCAAACAAAAAAUCAGAUGUAUACAGUGCGGGUGUUUUAUUAUGGGAAUUGAGUAGUAACCAACCACCUUUUAGUAAUCUGGAUCAAGAUCAACAACGUACUUUACAUCUUCAUAUUUCUCAAGGCAUUCAUGAGGAACCUAUUCUUAGUGCACCUGAUGAAUAUAUUAAUUUGUACAAAG